UUCUUAAAUAUACUAUCUGAUAAAUGUUUAUUUCAUUUGUUCUUUGUUGAAACAAUUUCUUUCAGGAUUCACUAUCUCUUUUAUUCUUAAAAAAACAAUUUAGCAUUUGAUAAGACAUAAAUACACUAUGUAUUUCUAGGGAUUUUUAUUUUUAGUUAUAAGAUUCUUUACCAGCAGUCGAUAUGUUAUCGACUGUUACUCAGUAAAAAUUAAAAAUUCCACUCGAUGUCUCUAGUAGUUUAGUUACGUGUUGGUAAACGAAGACCAUUGUAUUAUUGAUCGCUAGAAACGCAUGCGCAUCGCUUAAUCGGAUUAUAUGUGGGAAGCGUAAUGCGAGCUGUAUUGAAAGAAACGUAAGCAGCUGCAACACUUAGCGUAGCGCAAAUCGACGGAGCUUUCUGUUCAAACGUUACUUUUACGAUCUGUCAUAUUUCAUUGAUAAAACAGCUAGUUUUGGAAAUUUAAUUCAUUGAUAUACACCAUAAAGUAAAGUUUUGUUUGAAAUCGCGAUUUUAAAAGCGAAUAAGACAUAGGCUGACGUCGAUUUGAAUAUUUAUGUAAAUCUGUUAGAGUGUUUUUUGGUGCGUUUUUAAACGAAACUCGAAGAUGUGAUCGAGUUUUAUCGAUUACGAUUAUUUGUAUAUGGUGUUAAGAAAAGACAAAAGUGUCACGUUGAAACUAUAAAUAUUAAUAAUAAAAGAAGAUAUGGUGGAUGUUACAACGGCUUUGCCAUCGACGGCAGGAGGCUCUUUAAUUGGUCGUACUCGAGGAGCUCUCAGAACUGUAAGAUCCGCUUUAGGUGGUAGCGGCGAAUACCUUCAAGGCUUAGGGAAUAGAAUAGGAUCAGCAUUGAGUAAUAGUUUAGAAGAGAAUGAAUUGACAACACCAUCCUCAACUCCCUCGUCACCUCCCCAUCAACCAGUGAAAGAAGAGGAGCACUUGGCGCGUAGAAAAUUGAGACUUCCAAGAUUCGGUGCAGGCUUGUCAUAUGAGGAUUACGAAGCAAUGGCGAGGCAUAAAUUGGAGCGACAAGGUAGUGCCAGCUUGUCGAGAAAUUCGAGAAAGUAUCCACGUGGAAUGACGUAUGAGGAAAUAGCUUCAUCGAGAUCAACAUCGCGCAAGAGACAAGAAGAUAAAUCUAAUGAAUACGAGGACAACAGUCCAGAUAGAGAUAGCCAAGAGAGUAUAGAACCACUUCAGGAAAAGGACAUCAAAGCUACCGGACCUGAUCCUUAUGAUAAAUUGAAUUAUAAAACAGCAAGGGCUCCGACCCGCUAUCAGACGGUCAUUUUUCGGUUAGAUAUGCCUUGUAGCAGCGAUUCGACCAGCGAUCAGGAUGGUUAUGGCCCCAGUACCAGUUUAGAUUCAAACAUGGAUGGACGUAGAUUUUGGCAAAGAUCAGGUUCCUCCAGUUCCGUUCAAUCCUGGGCAUCCAGUUUAUCGGCUGAUAGCCAAUCGGAAGAGGCAGCUGCUGAUUUUAUGAAAACUUUUGUUCCUUUGCUUUUCGAGGCUCCAAAUACCAUAGAUCAAGAACAAAAGGCAAAUUUCGGUCAAAUGGUCCUUACGGAAUCCGGUAGGAUAUGGUUCUCCAGAGUGGUUAAUGCGAGAAGAGCACGUGCGUGUGUAACAGAAGCUUCAUUUUAUUCACUCGCUCAACAUUUUGCCGUGGCACUUUUCGAAUGCCAUGAAGCUGACGAUUUUGCGCCAGCCAAAAAUCUAAUGAAUAUGUGUUUUACUUUUUAUCACGAAGUCGAGGUACCAGGCUUGGAACCAUAUCGAGAGUAUCUUUACACUCAUUUACGCGUUCAACCAAUCUGGACAUCAAUGAGGUUUUGGACCGCAGCUUUUUUCGAUGCUGUACAAUGUGAAAGAGCAUUAAGACCGAUACCACCGAGACCAAAAUCUCUUGAUCAGGAAGCGAUUGCAGCAGAAGAUAGGAAAUUUCAAGCUAAUAUAGUCUUCGGGCAAUUAGGUACUUUUACCUGUAACAUGCACGCCUUCGGUCUUUCCCGUGCCCUUUGUUUGGAGUUUCUCAGAAAACAAUGCGUGAUUGCAAAUUUAACGGGAGAUCAAGAAAAAAUGCUACGCGAUAAUAUAGAAAGGAUGUAUAAUGAGACCGAACCAUGGCGGUAGUUUCAUUCCUUGUAAAGAUUUUAUGAAUUUUUACUUAUCGAAUUAUCGUAUAGAAUUAUGAGAAAAUGAAAUUGUAUAAAGCUAUGAUCGUUGAUGAAAUAAGGGUACGAAUUGCGAUAUCGUCAAUUAAAAUUUAAAAAAAAUUAUCUUAAGAGCGGAUGCCACGUGAUAUCCUGAUAUCGAAUACAGUGAGAGAAAUUGUCAAUUUUACAUGUGUAUAAUGGUAAAAGCGGGUGUGAUCAAAGUAUUCGAAAUAUUAUGUAUUAUAAUGGUGAUUCAUACAGCUAAAAAUGAAACGUGUGUUCAAAAAUUCAUUAUAGCAAAUGUGAUUGCAUUGAAAUUUGAAAUAUACGAGGGUGAGUUUUUGAUUUCACACUUUGAAAGUUAUGCAAUUUAUGAUAAUGCACAAAUUUCAUUUUUACGUUGAAAAUAUUUAUUAAUUAAUAUGCAUAUAAAUAAUAAUUAUAUGCAUUUUAAAUAAUAAUUAUACAGAGAAAACAUUCGUGUUGCUUUCUCCAAAUGGCAUAAAUGCACUGAUAGUGUCAGGCUUAAUAAUGACAAUAAAGUUUGAUGGUUCUAAUCAAAUUUUUUAAGUCAAUAUUCGUAUUGUUUGAUAACAUUCGUAUUGUUAUUUAUAGUCGAGUAAUGAUACAUUUCGAGAUUCAUCUCGUAAAAAUUUAUGAAAUUAUAUAAAAUUGAAAUAAUUGUGGAAAGUAUAUACAAUUGCUAUUAGUUGACGUAACAAUUAGGGAAUUCUUGUAUUAUAUAUAUAUCUAAUGGAAUAAUACGUUUUUAAACAUUACAUAUAACAUAUAAAAAGAUAUUUUCGAAAUUGAUAUCGAUAUGAUAUAUGAGGAUCAGGAAGAGACUAAAAUUUUUAAAAAACAUCUGCUUAUGUUAAAGUUAAAAUUUAUUUUCAAAAUAGUGACAAUGUAAAUACGAUGUUAGACGAAAACUUAUGUAUUUAAGGACAUAUCAUCAAAUUGUGAUCAUAUAUAGAAACAUUUCAAUUAAUUGUCAGGAUGAUACGAGAUAUUAAUGACGAAUAAGAAUUUUUUGUUUGAAUGAAAAUUUUAACGUUUUUGCGUUAUGUGUUACGUCAUACGAGUUAUCAUAUCGUUUACCAUGCUUAUCUUGGAUUGCAUGAAUACGUUCUUUCAAUUGUGUUAUAUUAUUUGAUCCUUUCGCAACUCAUUUACAUUUUUUUUUAAGGCAAAUCGGUUCGUAGCAGUCGUCAUGAAAUUUUUCCCGGAUAUUGUGGUCGAUUUAAUCACCGGAUUACUCGACUUUAAAGAUUUCAUUAUAUCAAUACUAUUUAAAACUCCUUUAGGGAUAGAAUAUUUCUUAUCCAUUCCAUCCAUUAUUUUUGGACUUUUAAUGGACAUUUGAAUCCCUUUAGGGAUACAAUAUUUCUUAUCCAUUUCAUCCUUUAUUUUUGGACUUUUUUUAGGAGAAUUUUUAUCAAAAUCGAUGACACGCUCGAUCGUUUCAUUUCGACCAAUAAUAAUUUUCGAAUCUCGAGAUUUGUUUUCUUCUCUUAUUGGAAUUUUGAUCAUAGAACGAUCCAAUUCAUUCGCUUUAACAUUAUCGAUUAUAGAAUCAUUCGAUAAUGUAGUCACUUUUGAAUCCCAAGAUUUAUUUUUUUCACUCAUUGGAAUUUUAAUACCAGAAUGAUCCGAUUCAUUCGCCUUAACAUCGUUUAUUAUAGAAUCAUUCGAUAAUGUAGUCAUAGAAUCAGAAUUUUCCGAUAGACGAUCGAGUCUCGUAUUGCCUUGAUCUCGCUUCGAAUCUUUCAUCGUACUUAUUGUUUUACCAGUUUCCUCUUUCUUUUUUAUUGGAUCAGAGAAAGUUUUCGAAUCCCUGAGAUAACUAAAAUCGUAAUCAAAUACUGUCCUGGGACUACGAAUUCUCUUUAGACUUUCCUCUAUCAGAUAAGCCAAUUCGAAAUUUUCAUUUUUCAUGUCUAAUGAUUCGUCCAAAAAAGAUUUGUCAGUACUUAAAACGUUCGAAUUAUUUUGUAUUAAUGCCUUCGCCUUGGUUUUAUUUUUAGAUCGAGAUUUGUUUUUGAUUUGUUGACCUGUUGCAGUUCCAUCGUUCGAUUUUAUCAUCGAUAGAGUACUUUUAUUAUGUACAUUCUUUUUCGAAUCACCGAAUUUACCUUUCCCGGUUAUAUCUAUUGUCGUAUUAGUAUUUUUCGCGGUAACAACAGAUUUUUGAUUUCGUUGCGUUAUACCAUUUUUCCGAGUGACCGUCAUCGAAUCAGAAAAUGAUUCACGAACGUCAUGCUUCGAUUCUGUUUUCCUUACAUUCGAUUUUUCUUUAAUAACACUCUUUAUGUUUUGCGGUUUAUUCACUUUUACGUUAUUAAUCUUUUUGAUGUUUGUAUUUAUUUUCUUAUCCAUUUGAAUCGUUUUAGCAGUAUUAUCGAUCACGUUAUUUCUAAAUGAUUUCGUUAAAUUCGUCUCUGCAUUUUUUUGAGUAAUUUGCAAGGGUGUUACAGUUUCGCUGUUCAUAGACGAACUUGAUGUUUUGGAUACAGUUUUUAAUGGUCCGCUUAUGGAUUUAGUCAAUCGAUGCUGCAUUUUUAAGUUUUCAUGUUUGAUCGUUGAUCCUGGUAUCUAUGAAAGUAUAAAACAUUAAAAUCUAUCGAUAUAUAUAUAUAUCGAUAUAUAUAUAUACAUAUAUAUAUAUAUAUAUAUAUAUAUACAUGAUCGUUAUCACUCGUCUAAUAAAAAUUUCCAUACUUUGUGUAGUCCGGUAGAAAUUGCCAUUUGUUUUUCUUUGAAAGCUUGUUUCCAACCAUAAGCCAUAGCGUAUUCUCUUUCCUCUCUACGAAUAUUGAACCUCUUGUGCCUUCUAUAUAAAGCUUCCCAGAUGAAAUUAUCGCUAAAGAUCUGAUCGUUAAUAAUUAUUAAAAGUCAUUUUUAAAUGAAUUUCUUUUCGCGUAUCGCAUCGAUUACUUACUACGUUUGCAAUACGUGACAAAGAUGAUAAAUUGACGAUAUCUUCGAUCUUAAGAAAUUCAAUGAUUUUACCGAUCGAAGAUCGUGGUAAUGUCAAAAGCGUAUUCCCUUUUCCUUCUGCGAUACUUUUAACGUAAUUUACGAAGUGCUCACCUGUCUCAUUGCAAAGAGAAAAAAAAAAAGAAAAAGAAGAAGAAGAAAGUAGCAUGAAAUUGUAUUUAAUAAAGGAAAAUUGUUUUUCUUGAAUCCUCAAUCUAAAAGUCAUUUUAAUUAGACUCCUAAAUAUGGAUUUGAAUCAUACCGAAAAAUCGACUUAUAUCUUCCUGCAAAGCUUUGUCCUGAUCGAAUUCAAAAAAUUUGGUACAACGAGAAAUCGGCGUCUUGUGAGGUCCGUGAGAUAUUUUCCAGAUAUAGAGUAUCACCUAAAGGAAGAAGUAAAACGAAAGCAAAAUAAGAGGUUAUAUAGAUGAAAAAAUCUUUGAUGAUCAUCGCUGACACCUCGUCCUGAAGAAUUUUGAGGCCAUAGUAGUCUCUGCUAGGUGGUGGUGCCACCAAAUAUUUUUCCAAAUAUUCAACCUUACCAAUCAUACUCGGCUUCUCCCUGUUCUCGAGACUUCUACAUCGAUCCCGAUCUCUUUGCUUGAUUUCGUUCUACUACACGAAAAUAUUGAAAGUUGCAAAGGAGAGCGAAGAGAAACGAUCGAUCGAAUUAUUUUAAUUGGAUACCAAUUACACGAUGACCAAUCGUAAAACAGAAAACGAAACGAGACGAUCUUGACGAUAUCGAAACAUCAAGAUUAUCGUGUAAUAUUUUAUUACUUAUAAUAAAUAUGGUAGUUGUAACAAAUGUAAACCGUAAAGCUUCGAUUUCAUAAUAUUUUAUUACAAUGUUCAAUAUGAAGAGAUGAAGAUAAAUAUAGAAAUGUUGAAGUAAAAAUGGAAAGUCACGUAGCAUUACAUAAUAUUUGUAAUGUUGCUUUAGUAAUAAUAUACAAGUUAGGCUAUAGAAUAAUAUCACAAUGCAUGAUUCACAACUUCGUAAAAGUUUAGAGAAUAGAGUAUAAAUCUAAAGUAUAAUUUUAAUUUAAUCGUCGCGAAAACAACAAAUUUACGUUAGUUAUAUUCGCGUACGUACUUGUCUACGUUAUAAUAAUAAUGAUUCAUAACGAUUAUAAAAGGAUGAAAAAAGUUUUCUUUCUUCUUUCAUACGUUCAUAUACUUUCGAUAGGAAAAAUAUUGAUAGUGCGAAUUCGCGGACGAUUAUCCUCGUCGUCGAUACGAAAAAGUAUCGACGGCGUCGUUGGUGCUAACGAUAGAAAUUUUAUAAUAUUUAUUCAAAUAGUAGUAGAGUGUACUUUUUUCUUUUACCAUAGUGUCAUCGUAAUAUAUUCUCUAACGAAAAUGUAUCUAUUCUUCCUGUAAAUACUUGAUUGCAUGAUUGAUAUGACGUUUCUAGUUCGUUAGACUUUCUACCUCUAAGAAUCGAUGAUAUUAAAAGUAACAUGAAAAUAAAUUACUAUAUGCUAGCGUGGUCGAGAAGUCUUAUGGAUGACGGAAUAAAUUUGAGUGGUAUAAAAAGUCUACAUUUCGUGCCGCUUUAAAAGUGCUCCUCGCGUCGUUAAAUAGAAGGAACGACGAAAAUUUCGAAAAAAAUUCAUUUCAUCCGGCUGAAAAAAUGGCCGGAUUAUGAAUCGUUUAGCAACGAUAGCGACUGAUUUUGAAGAGCUGAAAGAGAGACGUUAUAUGUAUUCGUAUAUGUAUAGAUA